ACGCCCUGGGGCUGCCCCGCGGCGUCACCCCCGCCGGAUUUCCAAAGAAAGCGGGUAGAACUGCUAGAAUAGCCUCUGAUGAAGAAAUCCAAGGCACCAAGGAUGCGGUCAUUCAAGACCUGGAAAGAAAACUCCGCUUCAAAGAGGACCUCCUGAACAACGGCCAACCGAGGUUAACAUAUGAAGAAAGAAUGGCUCGUCGACUACUGGGUGCCGAUAGUGCAACUGUCUUUAAUAUUCAGGAGCCAGAGGAGGAAACAACUAAUAAUCAGGAAAUCGAGUCCCCGCAUGCUUCUGUAGGGAGUCCUCUGGAUGGUCAAAAGGAAUACAAAGUCUCCAGCUGUGAACAGAGACUCAUCAGUGAGAUAGAGUACAGGCUGGAAAGGUCUCCCGUGGAUGAGUCAGGUGAUGAGGUUCAGUACGGAGAUGAGCCUGUGGAAAAUGGAGUGGCGCCAUUCUUUGAGGUGAAGCUGAAACAUUACAAAAUCUUUGAGGGAAUGCCUGUGACUUUCACAUGCAGAGUGGCUGGUAACCCAAAGCCAAAGAUCUAUUGGUUUAAGGAUGGGAAGCAGAUCUCUCCAAAGAGUGAACACUACAUUAUUCAAAGAGAUCUUGGUGGGACCUGCUCUCUGCAGACCAUAGCUUCCACUUUAGAUGACGACGGGAACUACACCAUUAUGGCUGCAAACCCUCAGGGCCGCAUCAGUUGUACUGGACGGCUAAUGGUACAAGCUGUCAACCAAAGAGGCCGCAGUCCCCGCUCUCCUUCAGGCCACCCUCACGUCAGAAGGCCUCGUUCAAGAUCAAGAGAGAGUGGAGAUGAACAUGAACCAAUUCAGGAGCGAUUCUUCAGACCUCACUUUGUGCAGGCUCCUGGAGACCUGACUGUUCAAGAAGGGAAACUGUGCAGAAUGGAUUGCAAAGUCAGUGGACUACCAACCCCAGAUCUAAGCUGGCAGCUAGAUGGGAAGCCCAUACGGCCCGACAGUGCUCACAAGAUGCUGGUGCGUGAGAAUGGGGUGCAUUCUCUGAUCAUAGAGCCAGUCACAUCCCGAGACGCCGGCAUCUACACGUGCACAGCCACCAACCGAGCGGGACAGAACUCAUUCAGCCUGGAGCUUGUGGUUGCUGCGAAAGAAGCACACAAGCCGCCUGUGUUCGUGGAGAAGCUGCAGAACACUGGCGUGGCCGACGGCUACCCCGUGCGGCUGGAGGGGCGCGUUUCCGGCGUGCCCCCGCCGCAGAUCUUUUGGAAGAAAGAAAACGAGUCACUCACUCAGAGCACCGACAGAGUGAGCAUGCAUCAGGACAACCAUGGCUAUAUCUGCCUGCUCAUUCAGGGAGCCACAAAGGAAGACGCUGGGUGGUACACCGUGUCGGCCAAGAACGAAGCUGGGAUCGUGUCCUGUACGGCCAGGCUGGAUGUUUACACCCAGUGGCAUCAGCAGCCACAGAGCACCAAGCCAAAAAAAGUACGGCCCUCAGCCAGUCGCUAUGCUGCACUUUCGGACCAGGGACUAGACAUCAAAGCUGCGUUCCAACCUGAAGCCAGCCCAUCUCACCUGACACUCAACUCAGGCUUGGUAGAGAGUGAGGACCUGUGAGAUGACAUUCUUGUUACAGCCAACACCCUGACAUAGCCUUGGCCUUGACCAACCAUAGUUCUUUGUCACAUUGUGCAAAAGGCAGAACCAUAACUUUGACUAUAAAGGAAAAAACCCACCAAAAGAAUAUUUCCCUUACUUACUAUACCAAACUUUGAGUGAUGAUAAUAGAAAUGUACACAGUGCACAGAAAAUUCACAUUCACCAUCCAAUUUAGAACUUCCGGAACUGCUGUGAUUAGCAUGGUGUGAAAUGCCAAUAUGCUCCAGGAAAUCAGUUGUGCACUGGAAACCACCAUUUGUAUUCUCAACAAGCGCCCUGAAACACAAGCUGUAGGUGCUAAGUAACUUGAUGAGGGUGAAUGCUUAUGACGAGGCAAUUGUACUACAAAUCAUAUUAAAAUGAUUCUAAAGUGGUAGCAUUUUCAGACAGCUACAGUGAACCAAGUGCAAUAUGUAUGGAUAAAAAAGGAAAACAGAGCCCAAGUAAAUGCCUUGUCUUUGCAAACUGUUUUUUAUAAUUCAUAGAAGAACUACUUGCCUUAAAUUUUAUUAAUACCAAGAGUUUCCUAACAAGGUUAACACCUACGUUCUUUAACCUUUUUCUUUGUGCCUAGAAUUUUCUUUUCAUGCUUCCUUGCUAGGAAGCUUAUUUACAAACCAUUUGAAAAGGCGAGUUUAAGUAUCAGGAAUAGAAAGCAGAUCUGUGUGACAGUCCAUUCCACAAAAGGAACCCAAACCAGCCAGAUGAACCAGGGCUCUGGUAUUUGGAGGAAACAAGGGCUUGGGAGGAGAAAGAAGGAAGGCAGGACAACUACACUCUAUUCCUUUAGAUCAAAGGAGAAGGGACAGGCGUUGUGGCAACGGCCAAAUGUUUCUUUGCUUUUCUUCAAAAUCAAUCUCUAAAAUACAGGUGAUGGGAAAAGAGAAAAAUAAAACGGCCAUGCACAAUGGUCGUUGGGACAUUGGUAGCACAUGUGCUAUGGAAAUUUCAUGUGUCUGAAGUUUGUGCAGUAGUUGAAGACUUUGGAUGUGUAGAGCAAGUUGAGAUGGGUUGAGACUGCAAGAUUGGCCUCAGGGAAGACCUUGUGUGCUUGAAAGAAAUGGAGACUUCAGGCAAGAGAAAUCGGUUUGCGCCAUAAUGUAGUGUUUGCUUUGGUUUUUUCCAAUGGCAGCAAGAUAUGGCAAAUGGAAAGAUCAGUCCGUGUCCCUCCUGAAAGCUUGCUCUAAGAAGAUGCUGGGUACUGAGCAGUUUGUAAUGGCGUCUGCGCUGAGACAGCUUUUAAAAUGCAGGUGAUUCUGCAUCAACUAGAUUGAGCUGAUUCUGACCAGACUUGAUGGUUUAAGUCGGAACCAAUAAAUCUUUAAAAGGAGAAAAAGUAAUUUGGCGUAAUAUUAUAAAGCAUGAAGUUUUAAUGGUACUUUGUUAUGAAAAAGAACACUGUAAUUCUUAUGCAAACACGUUAUCUUUCAUUAUUUAUACUAAAAAUGUUGAACUCUCUUAGCUCAGUUACUCAAUUCAGUAUGUAGUUGUUUUUAAAAUAAUUUUAUAUCUGUGUACCACUCCGUAUAUUUCAUAUUACUGCUUCACAGGUACAGCUUUCUACUUCUUUGUAAGAACACCAACCAGCAAAGUUUUAAAUAAUUAAGAGGCAUCAGCACUGGGUGGCAGAUACUGUAUGCCAAGUGGUACCAGGUUCUUUGGCUAUAGUUGUAGACAAUGCUAAUACGGAAUUUAGGGUACCAAACAAACUGUCUCAUCGAGCUAUCUAGAUUGCAGAACUAUGACUUACAUUGAAUCUUACUUGCCAAAUUUUUCUGAAUGUGACUUGCUAAUUUGCUGGGUUUAGGAUUAACUAGCAUUAUUUUGCCACCUUCCAUGUUGUAUUUAUAUUUUAAAAAAAACCAUUAAAAAGUAUUGUCACACUUCCUUGGAUUGUUGUGCUGGUGUAAUGUGGAUUUAACAUCAAUAAAUAUUUAACAAAUAA